AUGAUUGCCCUCAAACGCAGAGCCAGCACCCCCCCUGUCGAGCCUGUCGAACCUGUCGAGCCAGUUGAGCCUCCCAAGAAGAAGAGAGUUCUGAGCAGACGCACGUGCACAGUCUGCGACACAAACAAGGGCAGCAAUCAGUUCCCCAGCUCGACCAAGGUGUCCUCGCACGACCAUGGAGCCAAUGUCUGUCGUGCCUGCUACAUGACCCACAUCCAAGUCGAGAUCGACUCAAAGAUGUGGGAUCAGGUUGCUUGCCCAGAGUGUGCCGUUCUCUUGGGUUACGAGGAAGUCAAGAACAUGACGAACGCUGAGGACUUCUCAAAGUACGACGAAGCUGCCUUCAGAGCAGCACUCUCCGCAGAUGCAGAGUUUCGCUACUGCAUGUCUACUACCUGCAAGUCCGGUCAUUGCCACCCAGCCGGCAUUGAUGAACCCACAUUCUGUUGCAGAGAAUGCGGCCACAAGCACUGUGUCAGCUGCGAGGCCAAUUGGCACGAAGGUGUGACUUGCGCUCAGUAUCAGGACACCCUUCAGCGUGCUCAAGAAGAAGAGGAGUCCCAGCAGGAGGUCGCAAAGAUCUCAAAGUCUUGUCCUAAAUGCCGCGUGCCUAUCCAGAAGAACAACGGCUGCGAUCAUAUGACAUGCUCCAGAUGCUCUUAUAAUUUCUGCUGGAUCUGCUCCGCUGAUUACAUGCCCAUUCUCAGAAGUGGUGCUCAUCAUCACAACAUGGGUUGCCAUUGGUACAGACCAGAUCCAUUUGCAAGACCAGUCGCUGCACCUGCUGCACCCGCUACUAUCUAG